AUGCUAACUAACAGAGCAGUUGUUGAGCGUGAUUAUUCGGAAGGAAUUACAUGUCGGUUCGAGAAGUCCUUUCCAGUAGCAUUACGUGGCAAGAUUGAUGAGACUACUUUUUUGGAAACUAUUAAUCAUAUUAACGCAAUAUUUGCUAAAGCCGAAGCUCUGAAUUUCCGUGCUUAUCUACUUGGAUGUUUAUCGUGUUUGACAGCGUAUUCUUCACUACUGUGCUUCCGUACCCAUUACGAAAAAUGCCUUCAAGAUGUUGCCAACUACAUUGAUGAACAAAAUUCCUCAAUCUAUGAAGCUCGAGGGUUAAAAAUCAUCAAUCCGAUGGAGAAAGGGCUUCGAGUUGUAUCCUUCUUCUUAAUGUUUACAUUUGCGAAUCAUGUUUUGUCGUCAUUUUUAAUAUUCAAAUUUACUUUUGCUCUCUAUUUAAAAGAUGUUACUUCCUUCACUCUAGCUAAUUAA